CGGCUCCCACAGAAAAAAAAGACUAGACGGGCAGACAUCAUUUCUCUCUCGGCGUUACUGGACUAGUAUCCGAGACGACGACGACGACAAAAAGACAAAAAACAGGAAUUAAACAGUCAAAUUAACUCAACACACUGUCAAAGUAGACAUGGCCGACGCCGCUGUUGACACCACCACGACUGCAGAGGUUACAGCCAAGGAGCUGAAAGAGAAGAAAGAAGUUGAAGUGGAGAAAAAGGAAGAGGAGGAGAAGACUGACAACGGGGACGCACCUGCUAAUGGCACUAAUGGUGCUAACCACAGUGGCAAAGUUGAGGAUGCCGCAGAGGAAGAAGAGCACAAGAAUGGAGAUGGGAAAGCAGAGGAAGAGGCGCCCCCUGCUGAGGAGACGGACGCGCAGCCUGUGAAGCGUGCUGCCGAUGAAGAGGAGGAGGAGAAAGCAGACACCAAAAAACAGAAGACUGAGGAGAAUGGAGACUCAAAAGAGGCAGAAGUGGAGGCUUAAAAUUGUCUGUUUUGUAUGCAGCUCAGUCUUACUGGUCAACAUGGUGUUGUAGAGCUUGUGCCCCCCUUUUCUUUUUGCUCCCAUGUUCUCACAUUGCACUGGAGUUGUGAAACAUUGUGGCCCUUUUUUCCUCUUUUUUUUUUUUUUUUUUUUUUUUUACACAAUAUGUUAUUUAUUGGUCUUUAAAAUGAGCUUUUUUGUAUGUGUGUGCAAAACGGGGCCAUGCUGUGAGAUGAGUUGUUUUCCAUUUCCUUGCUUCUGUUUGUAAGCACAACCUCUAUCAAGUCACCUCUGACCAGCCGAUUGCUCAAAAGUUCAGGCAGCUGCUCAUGUUCACUUCAAGGACCAAAGAUAAGUUUUAAGCAGGGGCUAAUAAUAAUAAUAAUAAAGGAUGUUAUUAGUUGAAGCGUAAUCUUUUGUUGGUGUUUAAGCUGCUAGUUAAUCCUCGGCUGCCCUGUUAGCCUAACAGAUGGUGCUCAUGAUAUGAAGGGCCUCCACCCCACUGCCAUUUUGGUGGAGGUGGGCUUCCUGUUGUAUUGGCAAUGUUAAUUAACCCCUCUUAAAUCUUAGUGCUUUGGUCUCAUUUGUUCUGUAUGCAUUCCACGCAGGUUUGUACCAUUUACACGUUUUUUUUUUUGUUUUGGGUUAUUUUCUUACAGAGUUUACAUUUAUGGCUGGGUAACCUGCUUUUGUGUCCAAGACUGCCUCUCUUUAACAACCAGCUAUGACAUCUGGUUACUUCAGCCACUGCUUUGUAUAUUCUCAACAAAUAAAAUGUCUUUUUACUUA